CCCAAAUACUUGACUCAAUAGGGCAACCAUCUGGGCCCCACAUCCCAGCGCUACUCGUUUCAGCGAAAAAAUAUCCUCAGUCAUCGUUGCCAAAUGCAUCAUCUCGCUGUGGAUUCUUUCACCAUUGGCGAAUUAAUUAUCCUUCGCACAAAACCACUAAAACUCAACUGGAGCCUCGUCAAAUCCAAAACUCAAAACUUUAUCUCGAACCUCAACCCAAUGUGGGCAACUCAAACUCAGCCCUCCCUCUUUCAACCCCCUCUUCGAUCCCCUCAUCGUUCCUUCUCUUUCAAAACCCUCUCCUCCCUCAAAACCCCCACCAUCAACAAUUACAACCAUUUGAUACAAACCCUUUGUAGAAGAGGCAAUCUUAAGCAAGCCCUUCAGCUCUUGCCCCAUGAACAAAACCCAACUCAGAGAACUUAUGAAUCCCUCAUUCUCGCAUGCAGCAGCUUAAAUGAGCCAUCUUUGGCGAGAGUUGUUCAUGGGCAUCUUGUCGAUGAUGGAUUUGAUCAGGAUCCUUUUUUAUCUACCAAACUCAUUGAUAUGUACUCGCAUUUUGGUUCGGUGGAGGAUGCCCGCAAUGUGUUUGAGAAAACGUCUGACAAAACUAUUUUCGUGUGGAAUGCACUUUUGAGGGCGUUGGCGCUUGCGGAUGAGGGAGAGGAGGCUAUUUCAUUGUGUAGGCAGAUGGGUAUGCUUGGAAUGCCAUUGGAUAGCUUCACUUACUCUUAUGGGCUUAAAGCUUGUGUUGCUUCUUCGUCGAGCCAUGAUUUGGCUGAGAGAAGGGUUAGGCAAAUACACGGGCAUGCUUUGAGACACGGGUUCAAGACCCGGGUCCACGUGGCAACGACCCUCAUAGAUUGCUACGCAAAGCUCGGUAGCUUGCCAUAUUCAAGGAGGGUGUUUGAUGGAAUGACUGAAAGGAAUGUGGUUACAUGGAGUGCGAUGAUAGCUUGCUAUGCGAGUGAGAGGCCAUUUGAUGCACUGAUGUUGUUUCAGGAGAUGAUGAUGAGGGAACCAGACACGGUUCCUAAUUCGGUUACUAUGGUCAGUGUCCUUCAGGCUUGUGCUGGUUUGUCUGCAUUAGGUCAAGGGAAGCUGAUUCAUGCUUAUAUUCUUAGAAGAGGGCUGGAAGCGGUUGUAUCAGUCUUCAAUGCUCUUAUUGCAAUGUACGCAAAGUGUGGAAACUUAGAGACAGGACGUCAAGUUUUUGACACAAUAAAAUGUCAGAGGGAUGUCGUGUCAUGGAAUUCGAUGAUUGCAGGAUACGGUAUUCAUGGCUUCGGUAGGGAAGCACUUCAUUUGUUUGAAGAGAUGAUAGAUAAGGGGGUUUCACCAAGUCCUAUUACCUUCGUGAGUGUUUUGGGGGCCUGCAGUCAUGCUGGAUUGGUACAGGAAGGAAAGAGAAUAUUUGCAUCAAUGUCACGGGAAUUUGGUAUCAUACCUCGUGCAGAGCACUAUGCCUGUAUGGUGGAUAUCCUAGGCCGUGCUGGCCAAUUAGAUGAAGCGGAGAAGAUUGUAGAAGAUAUGCGGGUGGAACCGGGUCCCACUGUGUGGGGUUCUCUCCUUGGAGCGUGUAGGAUUCAUGGGGAAGUCAAACGUGCAGAGAAAGCGUGUGCUCGUCUUUUUGAACUUGAACCCUUGAACGCUGGCAAUUACAUUCUUCUAGCAGACAUAUAUGCCUCGGCUAAAAUGUGGGAGGAAGUGAGCAGAAUAAAGAGAAUUUUGGAGGGUAAAGGAUUGCAGAAAGUUCCUGGAUGCAGUUGGAUUGAGGUGAAGAAAAAGUUAUACUCUUUUGUGUCUGUUGAUGAAAUGAAUCCACGGAUUGAACAGCUUCAUGCUCUGAUAGUGCGGUUGGUAACAGAGAUGAAGGAGACGGGUUACGUUCCAAACACGAAAGUUGUGCUCUAUGAUCUCGACCAGGAGGAGAAAGAGCGCAUUUUGUUGGGUCACAGUGAGAAAUUGGCUCUGGCCUUUGGGCUUAUAAAUAGUGGCAAGGGACAAGUCAUCAGGAUCACCAAGAACUUGAGGUUGUGUGAGGAUUGCCAUACUGUCACAAAAUUCAUCUCAAAGUUUGCAAAUAGAGAGAUUCUUGUGAGAGAUGUGAACCGAUUCCACCAUUUCAGAGAUGGAGUUUGCUCAUGUUUAGAUUACUGGUGAUGUGACAAGCGAAGAAGUAAUUUCCACUCAAGCUAGUUUUGAAAUGUGUACAGCAAUUAGCAGUGACAACAGAUAUGACUUAUGAGUUAAGAUAGAAAACAGCAAUUUGUAUUGAAAUGGAGGUCUAUGGAGCGACGUAAUUACUCUUUUGACAUCCUCUACUGGCUACAUCAGUCGCGAGAUUCCGCUGCGUCUGCAAGCAAUAGCGAUCUCUAACCCAUCAAAGGCAAGGUCUUGCUCUUCUCCCCACUCUCCUACUCGCGCACCAUCACACUUUAUGAAGUCGGCAACGACAGUCAUGACAAAGAUUGCUCACUAGAGUUCCGGUUCGGAGAUAGGCCCUCUUAGUCUCUUACAGGUUACUCAAAACUCCAAACAAUGUGACGAUCGAUUCCGCUACCUACUAAAUCCACUCUUAAAGGAGGUCGCUAGGCUCCCGAUGAGCAGCCCAGGCGAAAGAUUUAUUGAAGUCGGAUUAGGUUUUGAUGCUACAACUGGCGUGUACAAGCUUGUCAGGCUCUUUAGUAAGGAAGGCAAUUCUGUCAUUUGCGGUUGCAAAGUUCUCUCGAUGGAGCCUCGCCAGGAAUGGCGAUUCAUCAGGGAUGCUCCUUGUAAGGUCCUGUGGUUGCCUCCCGUCUUUGUUAAAGGAAAUAUCCACUGGCUGGUGCUGGGCAGUCUCCCCACCACCGGUCAUUCUCAAGUCCCUUAUGUUCUGUCUUUUGAUCUAAAAGAUGACAAGUCUCGGCUGAUGCCAACCCCUGAACCCGUGCGUGACCUCUUCUUUGUGGCUUUACUUGAAUCCCAGGGUCACCUCUGCUUUGUGCAGCAUCCUACCCCUCCACCAAGGUUCCAUGCGGCCCCUCAUAUCGUUGACCCUAACUUAGUAAUAUGGAGGCUCUAAAGAUCAUACGAGUCACCGCGUAUGGACCAAACAAUACUAACAUCAAUUUUUCUAGUGUAGCAUCUCCAACCUUCCAGCCUCACAUAAUCGGCGUUAGAGGUCCUGAAGUUCUGCUUGAGGUCUUCCAGGGAUCUUUGGUGCCUCCAAGGAUGAUUUAUUCUUACCAUCUUCAUACCAAGACCCUCGAUGAACUCUAUAGCAACGUCAAGACCCACGGUUUGCGCUUUAUCACUGAAAGCCUUGUGUCACUAACAAGUUUGAUUGCAAACAUAUCUCAAUAAGUUUAUAUGUGUUUUAUGUUGGUUUGCCUUAUAUUUAUACAAGAGAAGUAUGGUCUCCGGAUAUGGGCUGUCAUUAGUAUACGCAACGUGUUCUCUUUUUGUGUGGGCGCAUGUGAGUUUAUCACAUCUUCAUUUUGGAUGGAUUUGUAUCAGUAAAUUAGGUUUCGGCUUCUGUAUUUGGAUAUUGACAUAGCGACUUCUAGCAUUUUGUAAUAAGUACUCUGUAUUUAUUCUGAUCCAGACUUGUAGGGCCAUGUAUAUUGUUGGCUUACUGCCAGGUAUGC